GCGGCAGCAUGGCAGCGCGGCGGGCGUGAGCGCCGGCCUCGGCACCCGCACCCGCACCCGGCACCCGGCACCUGGCCCGCAGGCUGCAGUGGCCAACAUGGAUUUUCUCAUCAUCUGUCCCUUUCUGCUGGCCUUGCUGCUCUCCCAGGGCAGCUUCACAGACCUGGAGAAACAGAGAGUAGACUCUGGCUUGGAAAUCUAUAAGAAGCUGUUUGAGGUGAAGCGCAAGGACCAGAUGAAUGCUCUGAAGAACUUGAUUGAGCUCAAUGACAUCAACCAGCAGUACAAAAUCAUUGACAUCAUGCUCAAGGGACUCUUCAAAGUGCUGGAGGACUCCCGUGCUGUGCUCAUCGCUGCUGAUGUGCCUCCUGAUGGGCCCUUCCCUCAGGAUGAGAAGAUAAAGGAUGCAUACUCCCACGUGGUGGAGAACACCGCCUUCUUCGGGGACGUGGUCCUGCGCUUCCCCAAGAUUGUGCACCACUACUUCGACCGCAACUCCAACUGGAACAGCCUCAUCCGCUGGGGCAUCGGCUUCUGCAACCUGACGGGUGUGUUCGAGCAGGGACCCCACUCCCAGGUCCUGCGGCUGAUGGCUCAGGAGCUAGGAAUCAGUGAGAAAUCGCCUGAUUACCGCAAUCCCUUUAAAACAGACCAGUCAGAGUUUUUCCCCAGUGCUGACACCUUUCAGAAGGCGCUGCGGGAUGAGGAGAAGAGGAGGAAGAAGGAAGAGAAGCGGAAGGAGAUCCGCAAGGGCCCACGCAUCUCCCGCUCACAGUCGGAGCUGUAGCAGGCUGGGACUUGUGCCUUGCAGUGGGGGUGGCACCACUGGGACACAGAGUGGCUUGCUCCCUUCUCGGCAGCUUUGGGCCGGUGCCUGGCCGUUCCCUUUCCAUUUGUGCUGUGGGUUUUGUUUUGUUGCCUUUUGUUUUUGUUCAGUGGAGGUUGCGUGGUGGUGCCGGUGGGUUGGCCCAAAGGGGCUAAAAUGGGGUGCCCCUUCCACGGAGGUAAAGCACAGACAGGACAGCACUGGGGCCGUCCCCUGGUCAGGGUGUUGCUGCCUGUGGGGAAGUAGGGUGUGGGGGACACGCCUCUGGUGGAGCCCGGGGAUCCCACCUCACUGCAGCACACCCCACGCUGAAGGUGCCUCCUCCAACACGGGUGGGCUGGGGUGUGCGUCACACCAAACAGCCUCAUGAGCAAUGCUGCUUCUCUCAGUUUUGCUUUUCGUUCAGCUAAACGGGUGAUCU